AUGAGCGUCCCUGCCCAGCGCAACCCCAAGGACUCGAUGAAGUCGACCUGGCGGAUGACGGACAAGAGCCAGUGGAACCUCCAUCACUGGCUUCUUGAGAUCCUGAACAUCCAUUCCAUCGAACUCGAUAAGGAUGUCCCCGUUCACCAGAAGACGGAGAAGGUGCCCUACCUCCCGGAAUGGCAGCAGCAUCGCUGGGUCAUCACGCACGCUUUCCUGCCGAUUCUCAUCCACCACGUCUACACCUCCUACACAGGCCAGAACCUCACCCCGCUCGGCGCGGUGCUGUUCUACAGCGUCGCCUUCAAGCUCAUCGCCAUCCACGAGCUACACGUGCUCCGCCGCGUCGGCCACCAAACGGGCUUCCUGGACGGCGACACCCACGAGCGAGACGGCGUCCCGGACGUCAGCGUCGCCAAGGUCGUCCGCUCGCUCCUCUCAACUUCGACCUUCCGCCCCGUUUUCACCGUCUUCCUCGCCUACCGGACAUCCCAAGCCCCCUCUUCCCUAAACUGGUCCUGGCUACCCCUGGAAGCAGGCCUCUAUGGCAUCAUCCUCGACUUCUGGUUCUACUGGUACCACCGCCUGAUGCAUGAGGUCGGCAGCCUGUGGAAAUUCCACCGCACCCACCACCUCACGAAACACCCCAACCCGCUCCUGACGCUCUACGCCGACCUCGAGCAGGAACUGUUUGAUAUUGCGGGGAUCCCGCUGAUGACGUACUUUACCAUGAAGGCCAUGGGCAUGCCGAUGGGGUUCUAUGAGUGGUGGGUUUGCCAUAUGUAUGUGGUGUGGGCGGAGUUGGCCGGGCACAGUGGGAUCCGCGCUGUGGCGAUCCCUCCCAAUACGCUGAGCUGGGCGCUGCGGUUGUUCAAGGCGGAACUCAUCAUCGAGGACCACGAUCUGCACCAUCGGUUUGGGUGGAAGACUAGUGGGAACUAUGGGAAGCAGACGCGUCUCUGGGAUCGGUUGUUUGGGACAUGCCGCGAUCGCGUUGAGUGUCAGGAGGCGAACAUCGAUUACAGCAAUACGUUGUCGUUGCCGUGGUUUUAG